AUGGGGGUGAGCUCCCAAAAUUCAACAUGGUGUGACAACACCUUCCCAUUCUCUAUAGCAGUGGUUGUUUGUUACGGCACCCAGAACGUUUUGAGUGUGACGGGAAAUACAGAGACUCAAUACAACCUGAUGAAGGAGAGGUACACAGGCUGUGAGAUUGUGAUGGGCAACCUUGAGAUUACCAUGAUGGAGCACACUAGAGACUUCUCAUUUCUGCAGUCUAUCAGGGAGGUGACAGGCUACAUCCUGUUCGCGGUCAAUGAGUUCAGCCGCCUCCCUUUGGACCACCUGCGUGUCAUUAGAGGCACCACACUGUAUGAGGACAAAUAUGCUUUGGCUGUGAUGGUCAACUACCACAAGGACAGGGAGCAUGGUCUUCAAGAACUGGGCCUGACUCACCUUACAGAGAUACUGGAAGGAGGAGUCAAGAUCAUCCAUAAUAAGUACCUGAGCUACGCCCCGCAGGUGAACUGGUUGGAUAUAGUGAAGGAUGGAACAACUAAUAUUGUUAUUGAGGGCAACGGACCUGAAAAGCCUUGUCACAAAGCAUGUGGAAACGUGCCAUGCUGGGGUCCAGGAAGUGACUCAUGCCAGAUUUUGACAAAGACUGUGUGUGCACCUCAGUGUAAUGGCCGAUGCUUUGGCAGAAACCCCAGCGAGUGCUGUCACAAUGAAUGUGCUGGAGGUUGCAUUGGACCCCUGGAUACAGACUGCUUUGCUUGCAGGAACUUCAACAACACGGGAUCCUGUGUAUCCUUGUGUCCCCAGACUCUGAUCUACAACAAGCACACAUUCAAACUGGAGCCCAACCCCAAUGCCAAGUACCAGUAUGGCUCCAUCUGUGUCGCCCAGUGCCCCCCAAACUUUGUGGUAGAUGGCAGCUCAUGUGUGAGCAGCUGUCCCACCGAUAAAAAAGAGGUGGAGAAGAAUGGGGUGAAAAGAUGUGAGCCCUGUGGCGGUCUCUGUCCAAAAGCUUGUCAUGGCACAGGAAGUCCAACCAGGCAGACUGUUGAUGCUCGUAAUAUCGACAGUUUCACAAACUGCACUAAGAUCCAAGGCAGCUUGCAUUUCCUGGUGACUGGGAUCAAAGGCGAUGAGUACAAUAACAUACCAGCCCUGGAUCCAGAAAAACUGAAAAUCUUCAACACGGUCCGGGAAAUAACAGACAUCCUCUGUAUCCAGUCGUGGCCUGAAAACAUGACUGACCUGUCAGUCUUCUCCAACCUCCAAACAAUUCAAGGCAGAACGCUUUACAAAGGAGUGAGUUCUUCAAGGGGUUACUCCCUUCUGGUGGUGAGGAGUCCCUCUCUGACCUCCCUGGGGUUACGCUCCCUGCGAAAAAUAAAUGACGGCGGUGUCUACAUCACAGGAAACAAGAAGCUCUGCUACCAUGACACUGUCAACUGGUCGCGUAUUAUGAACAGCAGCUCCCGUUCCCAAAAACGUAACAAACACACUGACAUUAAGGAGAACCGAUCAAGAAAUCAGUGUGUCAAGGACGGCCGUGUGUGCGACCCCCUGUGCUCUGAUGGCUGCUGGGGCCCUGGGCCAAACCAAUGCGUGUCCUGUAAGAACUACAGCAGAGGAGGAAUGUGUGUGCCAGACUGCAUGUUCAUGACAGGGAAGAGGCGGGAGUUUGCUACUCGAUCAGGGGAAUGUAUGCCCUGCCACCCUGAGUGUAAGGUCCAGGAGGGCAAAGAGACCUGCACAGGCCCGGGAGCAGAUCAGUGUGUAACAUGUGCCAGGAAGCAGGAUGGUCCUCACUGUGUCUCCUCUUGUCCUGAUGGUGUGAUGGGAGGGGAAGGAUUAAUCUUUAAAUACCCCAACAAGCAAGGCCACUGUGAGCCAUGCCACAUCAACUGUACCCAAGGGUGCCAUGGUCCGGGAACUGGAGACUGUUUCGGGACUUCUCCAUACAUUUCUGGACAAGAGACCACAGCCAUUGUACUGGGAGUCAUUGCCCUUCUCUUCGUUUCAUUCUCUAUUUUUGUACUGGCUGUUCUGUAUCGCCGAGGUCUCGCCAUUCGUCGCAAGCGAGCCAUGAGGAGAUACAUGGAGAGUGGACAGAGUUUUGAGCCUCUGGAAACUGGAGAGAAGGGAGCUCAAGUCCAUGCUCGGAUCCUGAAGCCCACAGAGCUGCGUAAGAUCAAGCUGUUGGGUAAUGGAGUGUUUGGAUCAGUCCAUAAGGGCAUUUGGAUUCCUGAGGGUGAUACAGUGAAACUUCCUGUGGCCAUUAAGACGAUUCAUGAUCGCACUGGCCGGCAGACCUUCUGUGAGCUGACAGAUCACAUGAUGUCAUUGGGAAGCCUAGACCACAUUAAUGUUGUCAGGAUCCUGGGCAUCUGCCCAGGGGCCAGCCUGCAGCUUGUCUCUCAGCUCAGCAUUCAGGGCACCCUGCUGGAGCACGUCAGGAACUGCAAAAACAAGUUGAGCCCACAGAGGCUACUCAACUGGUGUGUUCAAAUCGCAAAGGGUAUGUAUUACCUGGAAGAAAACAGAAUGGUCCACAGGAACCUGGCUGCCAGAAAUGUGCUCCUGAAGAACAAUUACACUGCCCAGAUCUCAGACUAUGGCAUUGCAGAUCUACUUUACCCUGAUGACAAGAAGUACUUUUACAAUGAGGUCAAGACACCAAUCAAAUGGAUGGCACUGGAGAGCAUCUUGUUUCGCAUAUACACACACCAGAGCGAUGUCUGGAGUUAUGGGGUGACAAUAUGGGAGAUGAUGUCCUAUGGGGCAGAGCCAUAUGCAACAAUGCGUCCACAGGAGGUUCCCUAUCUCCUGGAAAAGGGCGAGCGUCUGUCCCAGCCUCAAAUUUGCACCAUUGAUGUCUACAUGGUCAUGGUUAAGUGUUGGAUGAUUGAUGAGAAUGUCCGUCCAACAUUCAAAGAGCUGGCCAAUGAAUUUACAAGAAUGGCCAGAGACCCGCCUCGCUACCUGGUGAUCAAAGAGGACUGCAGCCAACAGGACUCAGCCCCAGAUGAACUUGUCCAGCGCAGUGUAGACCUCGAUGACCUGGAUGUUCUAGAUAUCAAGCUGGAGGAUAAGGAGGUAGAGGGGGAGGUAGGUGGCUUGAUUCCAGCGCCCCCCCACCUGUCUUCAUCCAGGAGCCUCAGUCGCCUCUGUAGUAUGGACACUCACAGAGUGGUUCUUAAUCCAUCAAGCACAGCUGGAUACCUGCCUAUGACCCCUGGAGUUGACAAUGCAGGACAGGUUCUGUGGCAGUCACGCUCUCGUCUAAACUCGGCCCGUACCGUGUCUGAGAGCUCCGAGGGCUGUGGCACAACAGUGGAGCUGGAGAUGAAUGAGGACUUUUCUUUAGCGGGGAGCCUGAAAAGAAAACGUCAUCGUGAGGACAGCGCUUACAUGUCACAGAGGGACAGCAUGUCCGGCGGGCCAUCAGAGACUCCAUCCCCCGAAAUGGAGGAGGAAGACCAGAAUGGAUAUGUUCUUCCUGGAGACAGCCCAGAGAGAGAUACCCUACUCUUCUCAUCUCGAGUCACUCCUGGCAGGAUGGGCAAGUCUCGAUCAUCAGGCCUCUUAGAUGACCCAGAUGAUGAUGAAUAUGAAUAUAUGAACAAGCAGGUAAGUGUCUCGCCCAGGCACAAUGGCCACUGGCUGAAGCCGAACAUGAAACGAACCUCCUCCCUAUCGUCACAAGUGACAGCGUGCUCGGGUGAUACCAUACUCUCUGUAGAGGUCAUGGGAGUUCCCACGAGAGACAAAGACAGCUCUGAUUCAGAGCAGCUUGGCUCUAAUGACGUUGAGUAUGAAUACAUGGACAUCAGAGGUAGUGAAAAAGAGGAAAGUGCUGCAGCACAUGACCAUCCUCCAGAAAGAACGGGAGGACAGGUGCAGGAGGAUGAGGAGGAUGAAUAUGUGGAGGACAGUAACUAUCAUUACACAAACAGGCAGCCAAAACUGCGACAAGCUCUUCGAGACAACAAGGAGCUGAAGAUACAACGGAGGAACGAGGGUGAGGCCUACGAGUACGAGGACAUGGACGGCUUUGCUGCCCUGAAGCCUGGAGAUGCAGUGGUGUACCAGAAUGUGCAGAGGGAGGGGGAGGGAACAGUGGGUGUCACAGAGGCACAUGGAUCUGGGUUUAAACCCUAUGUAACAGUACAUUCUGGAGUCAGGGUUGGGGAACCUGCAGCUGGUGACCAAUCUUUUGACAAUCCCGACUACUGGCACAGCAGGAUGUUUCUAAAGCCUGAAGCAGUACCCACAUGAAGAAUAUUUUAAAUUUCAUGAACUUCCCUCUGAACUGUUUUUAUGAAGGACUUGUAACAGGAAAUGCAAUAAAAAGUCAUAUUAAUAAUGUGGCCAACACGAGUGACUUUUUCACCGCUUUGUUGUCAGUUACAGGCUGAUGUCAUGUCUUGUAUUUAGGGCAAAGAGUUGGGACAUUUCCUAUUAGCACUGAGUGUUGAAAACACUAAAAGAACAGAUUACAAGCUAUAUUUUGAAAUGAACAAAGUGUGUUAUUGAGAACAAAUGUAUUUGCAGUUUCCCAUGUUUUGAGA